AUGGUAAAGCGCGCCGGCCGGGGGUUGUCGGUCAAGGACCUCCCCGACCACCUGGCCGAACUUUUGCGUCAGAACGACGUGAAAGGGACGCCUUUAACCAGGACCGAAGUCAGCACACAGUUGGCCAAAGAGCACGGUACUAGCCGCGAGAACACCGAGAAAGCGCUGGACGCUUUGAUUCAAAUGCACAAGAUCGUCGAGGUGGCGACUGAGAGUGGCAGUACACCGGUUUUUCAUGAUCUUUUGAGGUUCAAGUAAGCGAGUUUAGUUUGGUUGUUAGACUUUUAGGCAGGGCUUGUAAAUGAUUCCUUAGACUAGUCCUGGGCCGGAUUUUUAAGGCUAUUCCCGAAUCGAAUUUUUAAGGCUAGUUCCGAAUCGAAUUUUUGAAGCUAGUCCCGAUUCGGCUUUUAAGGCUAGUCACGGCAAACGCAAAUUUUCGGUCCGGACCAGGAGUUGGGCGUUGGUUUGCUUGGGCUUACUUGGGCUGGCUCGGCCCGACUUUCUUCUCGUGGCUUUAGCCGGGCCGGAUAGUCUCUUUCUAAGCUUUUUGGCAUACAUGGGUCUACCGAGACCGGCCUCUUUUAAACUGUUUUUGGCUAGGCUAAGCUGGGCCUUGUUAGCCUCUUUUUUAAGUCUAGUUUUGGAACCUGAGGUGAGACUCUGGUACCUUCAUUUAGGUGCCCCCCCCCCCUUUUUUUUAUUGAUUUGGCCCGGCUUUUUAGAUUUACCUGGACCGGGCACGAUCCGGAUCUAGUGAGCCCUCUUUCAGACCUAGUUGUAGAAUCUAAGUUGGGCUUCUAGGGCCUUUAUUUAGGCCCUUAGGUCCUCUUGAUCCUGAAUAGCUAGGCCCUUUUCAAAUUUAAUUUAGACUGGUAUGGUCCGGCCCGAGUUCCGGCCUUUGGGCCCACGUGUGUCGGCCUGGUCUUGUUUAAAUUUGCUUUGGCCGGGUUGGGCUAGACUUAGGAGGUCCCUUUUCAUAUCUUCUAUGCCUUCAAGCCCACAGGCGCCAGUCCUGCCUAGUCCCUUUCAAAAUUGUUUUGGCCCAUUCCUCUUUUAGGUGUAGCUUCGCCUUAGGUCAACCUGAGGCUAAACUUAAUUACCUCAACAAUACUCUCUCUCCCCCCCCUUCCACUUCCCCCCCUUCUCCCACUACCCCCCCCUCUCCCACUACCCCCCCCUCUCUUAAUGCUAGUUUUUAAAACCAUACUCAAUAUUUUCAGAAUGUCCCGCGAACGUCGGCUUCGAAUCGGCCCCAACACUGAUCUAUUCUCCGUGGUUCGCAAGAGUUUGAUCGAGAAGUCUGCACGCUCGUCCCAGUACGCAAUGUCAGUUUCCGAAAUCCACGACUACGUGCAAUUGACGUAUCAGCUGGAGGGGAAUUCAGACGAGCAUCUGUUUGCUGGAAUCAUGAAGACCGUGAAAGCAAUGUUGAAGCGAGAUUUGGUGGAGGAGAAGGUGCCGUUGCAUAACAAUGAUUCGAAGUACUUUGCCACCAGCUCGCUUAUGCUUAAUGUAAGUUUUUUGUUAUAGGGGAGGUCGUUAUUGAAGAGUUAUAGAAAAGUCCCACCGUAUAUUACAUGGUGCGCCAAAAGUCCCCGGACUAACUUUACUGGUUGAUUCCUUUAUGUUGUACGCGAUUUACAAAAAUUCCGUUAAUAUCCUGCCUUUCCAGACCUCCCUCCCAGCCCUCGACCCAAAACCCUCCACCUCAGCACAUGCCCCACUGGAGGUAUCGCUGGACAACAACGCCUCCUCAUGCUCUCCCUCGCCAAACUCGAGUAGUUCCUUCAAACGUCGAGAAAAGCGCCUGUCAGAAGCGUCCCAACAAAACAGUGAUGCCAGUAAAACGGAGCUCAAAAGUCUACAAGAUAGCCUAUCUUCCUACUUUACUCCGUCGAACUCAAGACGGUCACGAGUGGCACAGUCAUCGUUCUCGUUGGAGCAUUUUCAGUCAAUGGACGAGGAUAAACUGGGGCCAUUGGAGAUUGAUGUGAACAGGAGCUUGGAUUUGAAGAGUGAGGAUGAUGGUAAGUGGUUUUUUGAAAAAAAAUAUUCAAAUUCAAAAUUUUAAAAAUUUAAAAAAUUAAAAAAUUUUUUUUUGAAAAAAUUUUAAUUUUUUUAUAUCACAAGGUAACAAUCACAAUUCUUACUUAAAAAUGUCGCUUCAGGUUCAGUAACUUCACCUACACGACAUCAUGCAGACCGACUGCUAGACUCGUUAUCACCUUAUUUUAGUGCCAAUACAGAAAGACGAAGGAAACAUGAAAAAGGGGAAUAUAAACAGCUUUGUAAUGGCAUUCCGCUGAAAAAGAAAGGUAAAACUUGUUGAUUAAUACUUAUCUUUAGUUUUUUGUCACAGAUUUACUAUAGUAACAAGGGAAUUCCGAAUCUGGCUCGAUCUGAUUGACUUCAAACUUUUUAUAAAGAAAGAUCAUGUAAAUAUAAGAUCUUCAGCAAAGUACUAAAUCGCGCUUUCCAGGAAAUCACGAGAAAAUCGAGAUUAAAAAAUGACAUUUUGAAUUUCCCGCCAACUUGGCAUUGUGUUUCAAGCUUGUAACUUUGUCAUUUUUUGACUUUUAAUUAUUUUUCUUUGAUAUACUAGUAGAAUACCUUUAAAUGAACCUACAUUUUUAAAUUUGUAAGCGUAUCUUGUCUGGAAAGUCAAAAAAAGUGCUUGAAACACAAUGCCAAAUUUGCCAAAUUGGCGGGAAACCCAAAUAAUUCAAAUUUAUAACUCAAGAGCGCCAGCUAAAAUUUUUUAUGGGUACUAUUGGUGGUACAAAGAAUUCAUAUAAAAAUUUUGAGCUGAUUCUGAGCGGGACAAGUUGGGUACUUUCCUUGUGAAUGUAUUAUAAACCCUCCAAAACCCUUUUUCUAAACUUAAAAAUCAUCAUUUUAGGCCGUUCAAGUGACAACGGUGUGAAAGACGUUUUACAUGAUGUUAAAAACGAUGAAGAGGUAUGUUUCAACCUAUAUUUCACCCUAUAUUAACCAAUAUUACGCCCUAUAUUAUACGAAUCCUCGAAACUUGAAAGUACAACCCAAACAAAACCUUCCGCCUACCUAUCUGUUCCAUUAAAAAUUAUUAUUUUUUUAUGAUCGGAUCAUAAAAAACAAUUCCGACAGCUAUCAGUCCAAUUUGUUUUUGUUGUAAUUUAAGGUUUGUCUUAAUGUUUUCAAAAAGUAAAACAAAAAUUUUGUCACUUUAAAACUGAUUAUCUUAUCUGUUCGUUGAAGGUUUCCGAAUUUUCAACGAACAGCUAUCUUUUUUAAUAUUGUGGUAUUUAUAUUGUAGUUAGGAGUUUUGGAGUUUAACUUUUGAUGUUUUGUCAACAGUUUCUUUCUUUGAGAGCAAUACCAGGUGUUAGGUACACCGGUAAAGGGGCCGGGCCCGGUUGUAGUCCUUGGUUCGGGCUUCUACUAGAACUGGCUUCCAAGGCGGGCCGAAUUCUUAGUCCUACCCUUUUUUAUAAGGGUCCCUUUCAAGUUUUAUAGGUCCGUCUUUCAAUUUAACAUGGAAUAUUUAGAUGGAUCACGUGCAUCGCCACACCCCGAGCGUAUCCUCAAUGUGUGGCGAGAACGCGGACGUCAGUCGAGUGUCACCAGCUUUAAAACGGAAGCAUUCCAGCUUCGACAGCGAAGACCUGUCCAUACCUUCACAUUCCGUCACACCAAGCGAUUGUGCUAGCCCAUCGAAACGUCGACCUCGAAAGUUGGCCAACCGUACCAGUGCCAACUUACUCAAACGAGCUCGACAACAUCAAGGUGAGAUAACAAACCCGCUUUUAAGCGAUUAUAUUGAAAUUAACAUAACACACGAAUACUUGGCAAUAAUUUACGACAUUUGUUAGUAGAAAAGGUUGCAGAUUUCAGAUAUUUGUCUCGAAAACCUAAAAAAUGUUUUAAAAUAUCAAAUAUAGUUGAUCCCUACCUUAUUUUUGGUCAAAAACAAUAGAAUACAGCUUGGCCUUUACAUUGAAGAGGUUUCAGAUUCCAGAUAUUUGUCUUUUAAACCUGAAACAUGUUUUUAAAAAGUUUUCUCAAAGAUAACGUUGACAUCUUACCUUAUUGUUGAUCAAAAACAAAAGAAUACAGAACAGUUUGACCUUUACAAAAUACUGGUUGACCUUUUAAACUUUUAUAACCACUAUAAAAGUACACAGAACCUUUAACCCAGCUUGAGCGCCACUUUUGACCAACUUUUAUUGGUAAAAGGCGCGAAACAAAAGAGCGCGACCUGCGUCCCUGCCCAGAUUUUAUUUUUUCGGAAAUUAAUUCCGCUUGUUUUCGGAAAAACUUGAAGAAUAUUCGAAUAUCUACCUGGAAAUUUAUCGUUUUGCUAUAAUUUUGAAAAUUAACAUUGUUUAAGCAUCAUAUUAUUGUAGGCUUGGAUAUUGAUCUAAAAUUAACGUUUUGUUAAAGUUUUUAAAGUUAUAUUGUUUUAGCCCGCCUCGCUCAUUCCUUGAAGUUGAAUGGAACGUCGAGGAAAGAACGCAGCACGUCAAAUGUAAAUAACAGUUCCAGAAAGAGUCGUCUAACUGCUGAACCUGUUCAUUCAACGGUUAUUAGCAAUUCGGCUGUCAAAAUGUAAGUUUUGAGAUCAAUCGAUUAGUAAAUUCGUAUUUUAACUUGUCUUUUACCUUUUUAAUUUGUUAUUAUUACUCGCCUUGCUUUAAACUUGAUGUUUUUCUUAAUUUUUUUCUGUGAUAUCAGGACUCAAGGAUAAUAUCGCAUUAAAACUAAUAUAACUUUAGUUUUCGUGAGCCAAAUCCUUUGUUUUAAAAUAUGUUUGACAGCCUUAUACAUGAUUAUAAUCAAAAUUCCUUUUAUAAAAAAUUGUUUCAGAACCUCACCAUUACGAAAAUCAGGGUCGUUCUCUCCGGUCAAAUUCCUAAUGGAGCCUUCUACUUCAAAAGAGAAUGCAUCGCCGGUGAAGAUUCGAAAAGAAGAUGAAGAGAUGUUUAAUAAGGCCCAUAAGAUUGUGCAGGAUGUAAGUAGUAUAAUUUCAUUGUUUUUUGAAGUUUAGGUACAACAACAGCAACUGAAAGGUUUGAUAUCCUUAAAAAUGCGAAAAUCUUAUCGGUUUUGGCCGCAACUAUUUUUUAGUGCUAGCUACAAGCAUGAAAAUUGCAGAAAUUGCAGUUUAUUCAUUUUUCUAUAUUUCUCAAAAAAGCAACUUAUGAAAUUCUCAAAGAUUCAGAAGUUACAGUAAUUUUACCGUACCCCACUUUUGGAAUUUCGACCGAAUUUCUAGCAAAACCUCUUGUAUCUCAUUCAGAACACGUUUUAAUGCCCAAUCUAAUGCAUAUUACUCUAGCGGAUGGAUCGAAACACAAAAGCCAUGGCCGAAAAGGGUGAAAAUGCAAUAACAAUACCUAAAAUACGAAUUGGUCGUUACGAAAUCGAAAGCCUGUAUUCUUCGCCGUAUCCUGCCGAAUAUGCUGGAGUGCCUUUGUUGUACAUAUGCGAGCAUUGUUUGAUGUAUAUGGCUAGCGAUGAUCGGCAUAAAGUAAGGUUUUUGAGUUUUUGUUGGUUUUUAGGUAACAAUUUUUGGAAUUGGAGGGGAAGAGAGGUGUUUGCUGAGUUUUUGGGUAACAUUGCUUUAAAAAGUGGACUUUAUUGAUUUUUAGGUAACAUUCCUUUAAAAUUAGAGUGGAAACCAUUUUUCAUGGGGUUUUAGUUUAUGUUGAAGUAAAAAUCGGCCAAAACUUUAAAAAACUAAAAUUUUCAGAAAAAAUGCCGUUCAGUGUUCCCCCCAGGCAACGAAAUCUACCGCAAAGACAAUAUUUCGGUCUUCGAAGUCGAUGGAAACACGGCCCGAGUCUAUUGUCGCAAUCUUUGCCUCCUGGCCAAGUUGUUCAUGGACCACAAGACGUUGUAUUUUGAUGUGGAGCCCUUUUUGUUUUAUGUUUGUGUUAUUCGUGACAAAUUUGGGUUGCAUUUUGCUGGUUAUUUCUCGAAGGAAAAGUACAGUCAUCAGAAGUUCAACUUGGCAUGCAUUGUCACAUUGCCGGCGUAUCAGAACAAUGGAAUUGGACGGUUUUUGAUCGAUUUCAGUGAGUUUUUAAAGUUUUUGUUAUGAUUUUAGGCUUUUUGUUUGGUUCUUAUGGUUUUAGGCUUGUUUGAUCAUUGAUUUGGAAUUUAUUUUUGAAAAUUUUGUGAAAAGGUCCGAAAAAUCGAUUUUAAAAAAUUUUGUAAAAAAUUCCGGAAAAAUCGAUUUUUCAAAGCGAAUUAUCGCUGUUAGAGGCACAGAAUUAUUUGAACAACUUAAUAUAACACCAUUUCAGGUUACUUGAUAUCCCGCCAAGAAAGCAUGUUAGGCACCCCAGAACGACCCCUCUCCGACCUCGGCCGAAUCGCCUACGAAAGCUACUGGCGCACCGCGAUCUUCGAAUUUCUAUACCGAAAACGACAGAAAGGACCGACCGAAACCCUGUCCCUAAACGACAUUUCCCGCGGCACAGGUAUCGCCUUCUACGACGCGGUGGAAGUGCUGGUUAGCGAAGGGUUUUUGAACGAAAAAGACGGCCAAUUGGAGUGGUUUUUCGACUGGCCUAGAAUCGAAAAACAUUGGGAAACGGCCAAGGCCAAUCCGAAGCGGAUAUGGAUCGAUGAGACCAAGUUAAGAUGGACGCCCAGAGUAUACACGCCUACGAUUGACAUGAUCGGCCGAAGUCCCAUCAUGUCGCCGGUAAGGUUGGGAUUGUCAAGGGAGAACGACGUAAGUUGGGGGUUUUUUGAGGAUUUCCAACCUUUUGUUAUCUAAACGGCUAGAAAUUUCAAUUUUUUAACAUUUUGUUACUUAAAUGUUAAUUUUUCAAUAUUUUGUUACCUAAAAAGCUGAAAAUUGCAAUUUUCCAACAUUUCUUUACCUAACCUGCCCUACUUUUCUUAUAUUUUCAUUUUCAGCCCAACACCCAACAAGUUCUGGCAUCGGCGGCGUGCCGGCGCCUCUUCAGCCCGGACAAGAACCGCCGACGCUCCGAACCCGAGGACCAGAAUCAGCAGAGCGCCAAAGACUCGGCGGCCUCACGCAAACGCCAGAACCGAAAAAACUCGAAGGCGGCGGUGCUCGCGCCCAAGAACCAAUUGCAGCUCCUCACCGACGACGAGCUCGACACCAACCCGCCCAACAAGAACUCGUCAUCUUUCGUCGGCCCAAAACACCGACAAAACGCAAAAGGUAGGGGUUGGUGUGGUGGAAAGAAAGUUUUUGCCAUUUUUUGUGGAAAGAAAGUUUUUGCCGUGCUUUGUUUUGGAAAGAAAGUUAUUGUUACUUUUUGUUUUGUAAAGAAAGUUUUUUCCGUGCCUUGUUUUGUAAAGAAAGUUUUUUCCAUUUUUUGGUUUGUAAAGAAAGUUUUUGUCAUUUUUGUCUUGGAAAGUAAGUAAACGAAAGCCUAUAGUCUUAAAUGUUCCCGUCUAAUCAUCUUUCAGAGUCUCAGUCGUUCGAGUCUUACUUUGUCAGAAGUACCACUCCCGUCACUCCCAAAGCCUCGCCGGUGUCUCUAGAUCAAGAAUAAUUAAUUAUAUUUCAAGCUUAAAUAAAGUGUAUUUUUACAUUUUUUCUUAUUUUUAAGUAUUUAUGGAAAACACGGUUUUUCUGCCGCUAUUUUGCACUGUGGACCUGGAUAGCCAAAAUUUGGCCGUCGUUCUGCACUGACUUAGGUCUAUGGCGUUUUUUGUUUUGUAAAGAAAAUUCUUGCCAUUUUUUGCCUUGGAAAGAAAAUUUUUGCCAUUUUUUGUUUUGUAAAUAAAGUUCUUGCUAUUUUUUCUUUGUAAAGAAAGUUCCUGCUAUUUUUUAAACCUGACCUGUAAACCUAUAGCCUUAUCCCUCUUCAGACAGUCGCCGCGCAAUCCCCUCCUCCAGCUCGGACGACACCGACGAUGACGACUUCAAAUUGGUUGGGUCGGCCGAACGCCGCCGCUCCAGGCCUGGUCGUCGACCGAGCGCCGCCGCUAAAAACGACAAAAAGAGACAACAGCGAGAAACCGCGAAGGCGUCGGACGAAGCUGACUCCAGCAACUCGGAAUGGUCCCGGCCCGCAUCGCCAGCGGCCGAUAAGAAGAGGAAGGCCAAAGAGAUCGUGGAAAUGAUGGAGGUUUCUAGUGAAGGUGAGAGCUUUUUUAUUUGGAAUGGAUAAUACUGGUUGAUAUCAGAUGUAAAAUGGGAAAUAAUAGUCGAUAUCAGGUAUAAAAUGGCCACUAAUAGCCAAAACCAGCCAUAAAAAGACCAAAGAUACGCUACAUCAAAUAGCCAACAGCCUAUAACAAUAUCAUUUUCAGAGGAACUACCCACCCCAAAACCUCGCCAACCCGCUGCCACAGGCAAAAAAGGUAAACCAAGCGCGGCCAAAAAGACUGGCAAAGGCAAGAAGUCGCGAAAAGCCGGCUCCGACUCAGACAAUGAUCAAACCUACACUGUCGGUAGACCACCCGGUAAAAAAGGCACUGGAAAACGACCAGGCCGACCACCCUUGGGCGACAAAGGUCGAAAAGGUGUUGGUAAGAAGAUUGAGAACAUUACUGACAGUAAAACUUCGAAAACAGACGGUAAAGCCAACGGUAAACCGGCCGAAACUGAAGACAAGAGCUCUGCGAAAGGCCUGACCUUACAGGUUGAAAAAUCCGCCUUGGCAGUUACCGCCCCGACUUCAGAAGCAUCGUCAAGAACUACGUCGCCACGACCUUCCACCUCGACCAAUCUUCAUCUGACUUUGAAUGAAAGCGACGAUGAUGACGAAGCCAAUAGAUCUGACUUAUCACCUUCUCCUGGCCCAUUAUCAGGCCGAGGGAAUCGCAUUUCAUUGGUCGCUGAAACCAUGAACAUGGGUGGCGAGCCAGACACAGUGAAUAUGGGCGGAGAACCGGACGACGAGGACGAAAGUCAUCAACAAUUCGCGGCCACACCGAAAGCUCCCAAACCUCAUAUGAUUGAAGAUGAGUAUUCAAAUCAUGUGGGUGAAGGUGAAGAUGGAUUAGGUCAGAAUUUGCCGGAGUUGCCAUUGGCAGAGCUACCUCGAAGUCUAGGGCAUCAAAACUUGUCGGAGAUUCCCUUGUCAGAGUUGCCUCAGAAUUUGUCGGAUUUGCCUCAAAGCUUGUCGCACAACUCUUCGCUCCAAUCAAAUAUCGAUUUACAUUCACAAGAACCAGCCUUAACAGCGGCGAGCUACACAAAUGCUACUGAGUUAGCGUAUCAACAGCCGUGGCAAAUUCAGAGCAAAGCUGAUUAUCAACAUGGGAACAAAGCUGAUUACCAACAUUCAAACAAUUCCGAGUACCAACACAAAGCCAGUAUGCAAGAGUACGACCAUCACAAAAACACCUACAACCCACACAAGGCCAGCCUCGACUACCAACACAAAAACAUGUUCAAUCACAAGUCCUCAGUACCUGACUUUCGCCAGAAUCCCGAGUUUUCCCAACAGAAAUCACUCGACUACGCACAAAUCCCCUACAAUGGUCAAUAUCAACAUCAAGAAGGCAACAACCAAUACUCGCGAGAACGAAACGGCCAAUAUCAAAGUGUACCACAGCCCGAACUGUACCAAGAACCGCGAAUGGUUAACAACUCGAAAGCCUUGGAAUGUGCGGCCCCGAUUUUAUCCAAUUUACCGCUAAAUCAACCGGUUUUGGAGCAGACGGAUGAGAAUGUACCAAUGCCAAUUUUAGAGAAAGAAAUUGAAACACGUGUACAGGAUGAUAAUACGCCUGUACAGGAUGAGGAAGGACUUGAUGCGCCGCCUCCUCUUUCUCCCGAAAUGGUAUGUUUUUUUUUGAUAAGCGGUAACCAAAUUUUCCAAAGUUGGGCGCUUUGAAUGGCUCAUCCAUAUUCUGACAAGCUGGUAUAUGAUAUUAGGUUGUUCAAAUAAUUCUGUGCCUCUGUCAAAACAAAUCUCCGGGGUUAGUUGGCAUAGAAUUAUUUGAACAACCUAGUACUAUUAACCUAAGAAUUAAAAAAUUUUUAAAACAGCCUUAGCCUUUGGCCUGAGACCUUACAAAUCCCAUUUAAAGACUUUCCUGGACCUAAAAUUUCAAAAAUCUCAACCUUUUCCCCACACCACCAUGGGAGGGGAAAAGGUUGAGAAUUUUGAAGGUUCUUGACCUCCUCAAGGUUUAAUCUACCUCCUCAAGACCAACAUUAUUUUAGGCCAAAGCCAACGAAGCCACCGACAACGGCCCACCAGUACUAGACAGCAAUCCAGGGCCGUCCCGCAAACGUUCCUCCAAUCCCGCUCAAAUCUCAGAGCCACAAAUCCAAGUCAACGAUCGGAUGGACAACUUGGCCAUCGACUGUGAACAAGCCAAAAGUCAAGCUGAUGUUCACUUCAAUAGCAACGACUUUUCGAAAAUACAACGCAAAAACGUGCAUCAAAGCCCGAUUUUGCAGCCGAAUUCGAAUUCUCCAGCCAAUUAUAAGUAGGUUUUAAAGGGUGUACCGAAUUUUAAGAGAGCCGGGCCGGAAAAUGUAAGCUUCAAGACCCAAACCAAUGCCCCCAGGAUCCCAACUUAGGUCCCGCAACGAAAGAUUUGAUUUACGAAAAGUGUAAAACGAAUCUUUUAAAACUGUUUACUUAAGAAUACUUUAUUUUCAGACCAAGCUCCCUCCCCCAACAGCCACAAAUCUUCUCGCCAUCAGCCCAAAUCCACACUCCCAACUCCCAUCAACCCCUCUCCCAAAACUCGACCAGCACGGCAUCAGAAACCAUGCCAAACACAUGCGAAAUGCUCUCACCUCCAAACCUGUCCAAGCCCGAAGUCGCCAACUACAAUAUUCCACCACAACCGACCACACAAUCCUUCUCUCCACCCAAAAUGAAGGAGAAGAAGACCUCCAUCGCGGCCACAACAACAUCACACCAGUCCAGUCAGGCCCGACGACGAAACACCACGGAUGGCUCCACUCAGAAACCCAUUCAUCGUACGGAUUCUGGACAAAUGAACGCGAAUCUACCAGGUUUUCCGUUCAUGCCUCCAUACGUGCCGAACGGCCUUGGUAACAUGCCCAAUUCUUUCCCUAUCAACUAUACGAAUCAGAUGCCGAAUCAGUACGACUACAUGCAGAACAACGCGAACUAUUUGUGGAACAACUAUCAGUUCAAUGCGGCCCUACCACAAAAUGUUGCUAAGCCCGCCGGUUUUCCGAAUCCGGCUAUGGCUAACCAGAUGGAUGUGACGGCUAUGCCAUAUUACAAUCCACUGCAGCCCAAUGCCGCGACACCACAAAUGCCUCCGGCCAAUGGGGCUGUCGCUUCGAAUUUUGUCAACUUUGCCAAUGCUUUGGCUAAUCCAUCGGCUAGCAGCUCGUAUUAUUAUGGUUGA